AAAAAAUCUUCCUGUUUCAGGACCGAUGCUUCAAGAAAAAAGUAAGCAAAUCGCUGAAAUGCACGGAUUUGAUUUUAAAGGCUCUAAUGGCUGGCUUGAAAAAUUUCGGAAAAUAAAUAAUAUUUCUUUUAAAUCAGUUUGUGGUGAAGCAGCAAGUGUUGAUGAAGAAGCCGUUGAUAACUGGAAAGCAAAAAUACCCAAAAUUAUAGCAAACUACGCAGAAUGCGAUAUUUUUAAUGCAGAUGAAACGGGAUUGUUUUAUAGAGUUCUACCUGAUAAAACCAUGGCGUUUAAAAAUGAGAUAUGUACUGGAGGAAAAAUUUCAAAAGAACGUUUAACUGUACUCUUGUGUACUAACAUGUUAGGUGAGUUUGAACGGUCAUUCGUCAUAGGCAAAGCUAAACGUCCACGAGCCUUCAAAAAAUUGGAUAUUAACAACUUUCCCGUCAAUUGGUUUUGGAACAAAAAAGCCUGGAUGACGACUGAAAUAAUGACUGAGUGGCUUAUGAAAUUUGAUAACAGAAUGGGUCAAAAUAUAAGAAAAGUUUUACUCUUUUUAGACAACGCGGCUCCUCAUCCACAUUUAAAAAUGAAAAAUAUUGAAUUUGUGUUUUUUCCACCUAACAUGACUUCUCAUUGCCAACCGCUUGACCAAGGAGUAAUCCAUCAGUUUAAGAAAUUAUAUCGUACGCAAUUGUUACGUAAAGCUGUUGCCGAUUUGGAUGCCAAUUCAAGUCAACCUAUCAACAUGUUGGAUGCAAUUUACUGGGUGUCUUCAUCUACAAAAAACAUUCAACCCGAAACAGUGAAGAAAUGCUUUUUGCGGUCUGGCUUUAGGCACCGUGAUAACAAUGUUACAGACGUUGAUGAUCUACUUACACCAAUAGAAGAACUUGGCAAUCUUAUUAAAGUGAUUGACAAUACAAUUACGGAAAAUGACUACAUAACACUAGACGAUUGCGUAGAGACUUACGACGCCGAUAUCGAAAAUUCAUCUGAUACUACGAGCAUGUCUACCCAAAAUGAAGAAGAAAGUAGUGAUGAAGAAAAUGAUUGGUCCGAAGAUCAAUAAAUUCCAAAAAUAAGAAGUCUACUAGAGGCAUUGCUAGCAGUAAAAGACAUACGUACAUAUAUUUCUUCUAUCGAGGUACAGAAUAGUUCAUUGUUCUCAAACACAAUCCAAUUAGAGAAUGCCUUAACAUACGAAAUAACUACGCCUGCAAUUAGUAAACAAACUAAAG